AUGGAAAGUGCAAUGCAUUCUCGCCAACCGAACAAGGUAUCCGUUACGCUUCCCAAGAAAAUCACCAACGGUACUUUCUCAUCUGCCAAAACUCUAUACGACGACGUUAACGGUGGUCCACCGAAGUUCACCGCCUCCUCUAUCUCGCCCCGGUUUGAAGACUACGGCGAGAUAUUCUCGAGCUUCCACUCCGCUCGCUCUUCCUCCAUUCCGGUGUUGGAUCUUCCGGCAGUUGACGCCGGCGAGGUUUUUUUCGACUUCCGUCGUAACGCUUUUGACUAUGCUGAGGUCUUUGGAGGCUCCGGGGGUCUGGAGUUUUGGUCUUCGCACGAUGACUUGUUUCGUGACUGUGACUAUGAAGAAGAAGAAGAAGAAAAAGAAGAAGAAGUCUGGACUUCAGUAGAAACCGAUUCAUUUUCGGGAGACUUGGACCGUUUUGGAAAUAAUGUAGGCGUAUCAAGUGGUGGUCUCAUCCAGUCCGUUGAUGGAGAUACAGAGUUCAACAUUUCGUUUCAUAAGGUUAAUGGUACAAGCAAUGAAGAUAUGUCAAAGGGGAAAGCCCACACAGCUCAAUUGCAUUCUGUUCCUGGUGUCACUCAUGUAGUUGAUGAAACCACACUAUUUCAUAGGACUGAUCCAUCCUUGCAGGUUGUGGAUGACAUUGACCUUGAUAUGGAAUUUAAUGCAGGCAGGGGAAAGAGAAACCAUCAUAAGAAAAUGAUGUCGCGUCCCUGUAAUGUAUCUUCUGGUGAACAGAUUCUCUGUUGUGAUCUUGAUCUACAUGAUGGAUACAACAGAAAUGAUUCUCAUUCCAGUGAGAUGUUCAUAACCGUGUCUGACGUCAGCCUCAGAACCAUACCAUCUCAAUUGCCACCUCCUUGCCGGCCACCACCUUUAUUAGAUCCAAGCAAGGGAUACACUAGUGAAUCUCAUUCCAACAGUGAGCGGAUUGAUUCUGAAGAUACUUUAGGUGAUGGUUCGCCACCUUUCUUUGAUGUGGAGGUUGAUAUUAAUUCGUCUGCUUCUGUUGUGAAAGAAGCCACUGACAGAUCAGAAGCAAAAGUUAGGAAUGUAAAAGAUCUGAAGGGGAGAAAGAAGAGGGGUUCUGAAAGCUGCAUAAAAUCAACUUUGGAUGUAAAAACAAAUGAAACAGAGAUGAGUGAGAAUAUAACUAGAUUUAAUAGUUUGAACGAUGAGAGAGUGCUUCCUACUUGUGAUCGAAGAUUUGGCAAAAUAGAAAUUUCCGCCACAGAUGAAAGGCAGAAAGCUAGGAAGGCAGUUCCAGUAAUUCCAGAACCAUUAGAAGGGAAAAAACAAUUAAACUUGUUCGAGGAAAAGCACAUGAAGGAAUCCAGGUCAUCUCAAGAAUCAGAUCAAAGUAUUGGAGUUGGGACAUGGAAAGAAGCAACUGAAUUUAUUGAAUUGGUGGGAACAAAAGAAUCUCAAAAGGUAGUUCAUCCCAUAAAUGAUACCAACUGUUUGGUGCAAGAUGCCAGAACAUUUGAGCAUUGGAGGAAAGAAGGAGAAGCAUCUAAUAUCCAAGAAGAAUACAAAAAGGUAAAAGCGAGUCUAGAAAGUUAUCAGCCUGACGAACACAAGAACAAAUCUAAAGCAGAAAGAGGGGCUGAACAGGUAAAAAACAUUAGGAGAUCUAAAUCAUCUAAUGUGGAAUGCAGACAGAGAGAGCCUACAAGGAAUGACAAAAUUACUGAAACUUUUGAGCUUGAAAAGAGUGAGAAGAUAAGAAUGGUCAGCCAACAUGGAAAAACUGAGAAGAAAGCAACUAAAGCAAAUCGAGUGAGAAGUGAGAUAUCAAAAGAGGUUGAUGGACAAGAACUAAGUGAAAUUCAGUUUAGCUUGAAGCUUAAAGAAAAUGAGGAGAAAUUAAAACAGAAUGGAGAGCAGCAUCCAGGUGUGAAAAACCACAAGCAGCCUCAAAUAAUGAAAGAAAAUGAAACAGUUCAAAGAGAAGCUUUUGCUCCUGAAGCAGCAGAGGGCGAGGAAAGAGUAAAAAAUUCUGAGGAGCUUGAGAAAAUUAAAGGAAGAUCAAAUCAAACUAUUAAGCUGGAUAAGCCCAAAGAGAAUGUAACUUGCACAAGGGAAAAUGAUAUCAUCUCCGAACAACAUAUACAGAACAGAAGUGGACUCGAAGAAAGCCAAAAAGGUUAUUUUAAAAACAAAGGAAGUAGUGAAGGCCAAAAGCCUGCUCAUAGGCGGGUAGUGAAUGAAAAAAGGCUUAAAGAAGACGACUUUGAAUCAGGUUUGAACAAGAUAAAAACUGAAGAGGCAUUUGAGCGCAGGACAAAUGAGGCAUGUGUAGAAGAUCAAAGUAAAGAAAAAUUCAAAUUGGUUUCUAAUGAAUGUGGAAAAUCAAAUAGACUUGAAGAAACAAGUGAGAGCGAAGGGACUUUGAAAGCUCGGAAACAAGCUAUAGAGCUAGAAAGACGAAGUGGAAAUGAGGCUCAGAUGAAACAAGAAACUGAGAGUAUUUCAAACCAAACAUGUGACAGGGAAGCACCUUUAGGUAUAUCAAAUGAGAAUAGUCACUCCAAGCAACCUGAGAAGAUACUCAAAGACGCAGGUAGGAGUGAAAAAGUUGAAGGGUUUGAUAUAGCUUUGGAGCAAAUGGAAGUGAAUAGAGAAUGUAUGAGCAUGGAAUUUGCUAAAGAAACCAAUGAAAAAUGGAAAGCACAACAUGGCGAAAAUCUUCUGGCAGCUCAUUCAUCCACCAUUCCUGAAGAAAAUAUUGGAAAACCGGGGUUAUCUCUAGAACCUGUCGCUGAUCAUGAAAUUGGAGAAGCUAGAACUGACUGCAAAAUUGGUGGAAGGAAAUUGGAAGAGGAAGGGGUAGAAAAAAUAACAGCUAGCGAGAAAAUAACUUCUUUUCAAAUGUCCCAAGGAAAAGAAGAGGUUUCUGGGGCACAAUCAGGAAAGAUGGAUUGUAGCAUGAGGCACACCAAUGAACUUUGUUGUAGUAGUGAACAUGCGUGCGCCGAGAAAGCUAAAACUGCCCCUCAAAUGGAAGGAAGUAGGAGCCUGAAGUCGUCAAGCCAAGUAAACACAUGCGAUGAUUACAAAAUGAGCACAUUAGUGGAUAAACCUGCUGCAGUUCAAGAAGCAGUAGAUGUCCACAACACUUCCCAAAGGUCUCAUAUAGCCCAUUCCACAAAAAUCAAAGAGAAGGGUCUUAAUGAAACUCCUGCCUCAGUAGAGAAAGAUGCUGAAAAGCCGAGAAUAGAAAGCGAAUUAGAAAAAGAACGCCUCAGAAAGAUAGAAGAAGAGGUGGAGAGAGAAAGGGAAAGGCAGAAAGAUAGAAUGGCUGUUGACAGAGCAAUGCUGGAGGCUGAGAGAGAAAGGGAAAGAGAAAAAGAUAGAGCGGCUGUUGAUAGAGCAACUUUUGAAGCCCGUGAUAGAGCAUAUGCUGAAGCCCGGGAAAGAGCAGAAAGGGCUGCAUUUGAUAGAGCAACAGCUGAAGCUCGACAAAGAGCACUGACUGAGGCCAGGGAAAGACUCGAAAAGGCCUGCGCUGAGGCUAGGGACAAAUCGUAUGCUGAUAAAGCAACUGCAGAAGCCAGGUUGAAGGCAGAACGUGCUGCUGUUGAAAGAGCAACUGCAGAGGCUCGAGAGCGUGCAAUGGAAAAAGUAAGGGUUGAGAGAGCUGCAUUUGGGUCCAGAGAACGAUUAGAUAGAUCUGUAUCUGAUAAAUUUGGCGUUUCAUCCAGAAAUGAUGGAAGAAUGGGCACCUCAUCAUCUGAUAUACCUGAUCCACAGUUUCACAACUUCAGUUCUGUCCCUGGUUCUAGACAUCCAUAUUCAAUUUAUGGUGCUUCUUCUUUCACCGAGAGAUCUGAAGGUGAAUCAGCUCAGAGGUGUAGAGCUAGACUGGAGAGGUGUCGUCGAACAGAAGACCGUGCAGCAAAAGCUUUGGAAGAAAAGAACAUGCGAGACCUUCUUGCUCAGAAGGAGCAAGCAGAGAGAAGUAGAUUAGCGGAGACUCUGGAUACUGAAGUCAGAAGGUGGUCAAGUGGAAAAGAAGGAAACCUGCGUGCAUUGCUUUCAACCUUGCAAUAUAUCCUUGGGCCUGAUAGUGGAUGGCAGCCAAUUCCACUCACGGAGGUAAUUACUUCUGCUGCUGCAAAGAAAGCUUACAGGAAGGCAACCCUUUGCGUCCAUCCCGACAAAUUACAGCAACGUGGAGCAAGUAUUCAACACAAAUACAUAUGUGAAAAAGUCUUUGAUCUCUUAAAGGAUGCUUGGAGCAAAUUUAACUCCGAAGAAAGAUAG